CUCUGCGGGGCCAGUGGGGCGGGGAAAGAAACCCAGAGCCGGCGUCUGGCACGCCCAGGACUCCCGGCCGGGGUCGCUCUUCAGUCCUCGGCUCGACGUCGCGUCGAGUGCGCAAAAAGCUCCUAAGGGGUGUGGGGAGGCAAACAAGAAUUAAAUUCUGAGUAAGUCUACAGGUAGGAUGGACACUUAUUUUAAAGCAGCUGUCAGUGACUUGGACAAACUCCUUGAUGAUUUUGAACAGAACCCAGAUGAAGAAGAUUAUCUUCAAGAUGUACAAAAUGCGUAUGAUUCUAACCACUGCUCAGUUUCUUCAGAGUUGGCUUCCUCACAGCUAACUUCAUUGCUCCCAAAAGACCAACAAUGCAUUAAUAGUUGUGCCUCAUCAGACAUAAGCUAUGAAACAAGUGAGAGUUCCCUGAAUGAAAAAACACUCAAGGGACUUACUACUAUACAAAAUGAAAAGAAUGUAACAGGACUUGAUCUUCUUUCUUCUGUGGAUGGUGGCACUUCAGAUGAAAUCCAACCUUUAUGUAUGGGACGAUGUAGUAAACCUAUCUGUGAUCUGAUAAGUGACAUGGGUAACUUAGUUCAUGCAACUAAUAGUGAAGAAGAUAUUAAACAAUUAUUGCCAGAUGAUUUUAAGUCUAAUGCAGAUUCCUUGAUUGGAUUGGAUUUAUCAUCAGUGUCAGAUACUCCCUGUGUUUCUUCAACAGACCAUGGUAGUGAUACUGUCAGAGAACAGCAGAAUGACAUCAGUUCUGAAUUACAAAAUAGAGAAAUCAGAGGAAUCAAAGAACUGGGUAUAAAAAUAGAUACACUUUCAGAUUCCUGUAAUUACAGUGGAACAGAAAAUUUAGAAGAUAAAAAGAUCUCUAAUCAGUUAGAACCAGUCGUUGAUUUUAACACAUCAUCUGCUUUGACUCAACAAAGUUCCAAAAUGUUUGAUACCGAAGACAAACUACAACAGAAGAGGCAGCCAUGUGAAUUACUAAAAGAUGAUGGCUUAGUAAAGGAGGAAGUAGAUGUGGAAGUCAUAAAUGCUGCAGAAUGUUUAAAAGAAGAGGGCAAGACAAAUGCUUUGUCCUGCAGCCCUCCAAAAACUGAAGUUACAUGCUUAAGUGGUUUAAAUUCAAGAGCUGAAAAUUUCAAAUUACCUGACUUUUCCUUUCAGGAAGAUAAGACUGUUACAUUUAUAAAACAAUCUGCACAAGAAGACUCAAGAAAUUUAGACCUUACAGAUAAUGAAAUAAUCCAGGAUUCCUCUCCAGCUUUACAUGUUUCAAGUGAAGAUGUACAGUCCUCAUUGUCCUGUCUGUUGGUAUCUGGGACUAUGUGUGGAUCACUAAUUGAAAGUAAAGCACAGGGUGAUUUUUUACCUCAGCGUGAACAUAAAGAUAAUAUACAAGAUGCAGUGACUAUACAUGAAGAAGUACAGAAGAGUGUUGCUCUAGAUGGGGAACCAUUUGAGGAGACUGAUCUUUUGAAACAGGAAAAAUGUAAAAACAUACUUCUUCAGCCGUUAAUUGAAGGGAUGGAAAACAGAAAGGUAGAUCCUGACCAGACAGUCAUCAGAGUUGAGUCUUUGGAUGGUGGUGACACCAGUUCUACAGCUGUAGAAACUCAAGAGGGAUUUUCUGGCACUAAUGUCCCAGAGUCUUCUGAUUGUUGUGAAGGUUUUAUUAAUACUUUUUCAAGCAAUGUUAUGGACGGGCAAGACUUAGAUUACUUUAAUAUUGAUGAAGGUGCAAAAAGUGGCACACUAAUUAGUGAUGCUGAACUUGAUGCCUUUCUGACAGAACAGUAUCUUCAGACCACUAACAUAAAGUCUUUCGAAGAAAAUGUAAAUGACUCUAAAUCGCAAAUGAAUCAGAUAGAUAUGAAAGGCUUAGAUAAUGGAAACAUCAAUAAUAUAUAUUUCAAUGCAGAGGCAGGAGCUAUUGGGGAAGGUCAUGGUAUUAACACAAUUUGUGAAACAGUUGAUAAACAAAAUACAAUAGAAAAUCGCCUUUCUUUAGGAGAAAAAAGUACAAUUCUAAUUGAACAAGGGUUACCUACCAGUAAGUCUGAGAUUACAAAUGAAUUAUCAGUCUCCGAUACUAAUAGUCAGUCUGUUGGAGGGGCCAGACCUAAGCAAUUGUUUAACCUUCCAUCAAGAACAAGGAGUUCAAAGGACCUGAAUAAGCCAGAUGUUCCAAAUACAAUAGAAAGUGAACCUAGCAUAGCAGAUACCAUUGUUCCAAUCGCUUGUGCUAUAGAUUCUGCAGCUGAUCCUCAGGUUAGCUUCAACUCUAAUUACAUCGAUAUAGAAAGUAAUUCUGAAGGUGGAUCUAGUUUUGUAACUGCAAAUGAAGAUUCUCUACCUGAAAACACUUGCAAAGAAGGCUUGGUUUUGGGCCAGAAACAGCCUACUUGGGUUCCUGAUUCAGAAGCUCCAAACUGUAUGAACUGCCAAGUCAAAUUUACUUUUACAAAACGGCGACACCAUUGCCGAGCAUGUGGGAAAGUAUUUUGUGGUGUCUGUUGUAAUAGGAAGUGUAAACUGCAAUAUCUAGAAAAGGAAGCAAGAGUAUGUGUAGUCUGCUAUGAAACUAUUAGUAAAGCUCAGGCAUUUGAAAGGAUGAUGAGUCCAACUGGUUCUAAUCUUAAUCUUAAAUCUAACCAUUCUGAUGAAUGUGCUACUGCCCAGCCUCCUCAGGAAAACCAAACAUCCAGUAUACCUUCACCAACAACUUUGCCGAUCUCAGCACUUAAACAACCAAGUGUUGAAGGACCAUGCUCCAAAGAACAGAAAAGAGUAUGGUUUGCAGAUGGUAUAUUGCCCAAUGGUGAAGUUGCAGAUACAACAAAAUUAUCAUCUGGAAGUAAACGAUGUUCUGAAGACUUUAGUCCUCUCUCACCCGAUAUGCCUGUGAUAGUAGACACAGUGGAUCAUUCCCAUUCUACUACAGUGGAAAAGCCAAACAAUGAGAUAGGAGAUAUUACAAGAAAUGAGAUAAUUCGGAGUCCUAUUUCUCAGGUUCCAUCAGUGGAAAAAUUGCCUGUAAACACAGGAAAUGAGGGGUUACCUAUGGAAAAAUUGCCUGUAAACACAGGAAAUGAGGGGUUACCUACUUCUAGUUCAUUUACACUAGAUGAUGAUGUUUUUGCAGAAACUGAAGAAUCAUCUAGUCCCACCGGUGUCUUAGUUAACAGCAAUUUACCUAUUGCUAGUAUUUCAGAUUAUAGGUUACUGUGUGGUAUUAACAAGUAUGUUUGCAAUAAGAUUAGUCUUCUACCUAAUGAUGAGGACAAUUUGCCCCCACUUCUGGUUGCAUCUGGAGAAAAGGGAUCAGUGUCUGUAGUAGAAGAACAUCCGUCUCAUGAGCAGAUCAUUUUGCUUCUUGAAGGUGAAGGAUCUCCUCCUGUUACAUUUGUCCUAAAUGCUAAUCUACUCGUGAAUGUCAAAUUCAUAUUUUAUUCCUCAGACAAAUAUUGGUACUUCUCAACCAAUGGAUUGCAUGGCUUGGGACAGGCAGAAAUUAUUAUUCUAUUGUUAUGUUUGCCAAAUGAAGAUACUAUUCCUAAGGACAUCUUCAGACUAUUUAUCACCAUAUAUAAGGAUGCUCUAAAAGGAAAAUACGUAGAAAACUUGGACAAUAUUACCUUUACUGAGAGUUUUCUUGAUAGCAAGGAUCAUGGCGGAUUCCUGUUUAUUACACCUACUUUUCAGAAACUUGAUGAUCUCCCAUUACCAAGUAAUCCUUUUCUUUGUGGAAUUCUUAUCCAGAAGCUUGAGAUUCCCUGGGCAAAGGUUUUUCCUAUGCGUUUAAUGUUGAGAUUGGGUGCAGAAUAUAACGCAUAUCCUGCUCCUCUAACAAGUAUCAGAGACCGAAAACCUCUUUUUGGAGAAAUAGGACACACUAUUAUGAACUUACUUGUGGACCUUCGAAAUUACCAGUAUACCUUGCAUAAUAUAGAUGAACUAUUGAUCCAUAUGGAAGUGGGAAAAAGCUGCAUAAAAAUACCACGAAAAAAGUACAGCGAUGUAAUGAAAGUACUAAAUUCUUCUAAUGAACAUGUCAUUAGCAUUGGAGCUAGUUUCAGUACAGAAGCAGAUUCUCAUCUAGUCUGUAUACAGAAUGAUGGAAUAUAUCAAACACAGGCCAACAGUGCCACUGGCCAUCCCAGAAAAGUGACAGGUGCAAGUUUUGUGGUAUUCAAUGGAGCUCUGAAAACAUCGUCAGGAUUUCUUGCUAAGUCCAGCAUAGUUGAAGAUGGCUUAAUGGUACAAAUAACUCCAGAGACCAUGAAUGGCUUGCGGCUAGCUUUACGAGAGCAGAAAGACUUUAAAAUUACAUGUGGGAAAGUUGAUGCAGUAGACCUGAGAGAAUACGUGGAUAUUUGCUGGGUAGAUUCCGAAGAAAAAGGAAACAAAGGUGUUGUCAGUUCAGUGGAUGGAAUAUCAUUACAGGGAUUUCCAAGUGAAAAAAUAAAACUGGAAGCAGAUUUUGAAAGUGAUGAGAAGAUUGUAAAGUGUAGUGAGGUGUUCUACUUUCUAAAGGACCAGGAUUUAUCUAUUUUAUCAACUUGUUAUCAGUUUGCAAAAGAAAUAGCCAUGGCUUGUAGUGCUGCGCUGUGCCCUCACCUGAAAACUCUAAAGAGUAAUGGGAUGAAUAAAAUUGGACUCAGAGUUUCCAUUGACACUGAUAUGGUUGAAUUUCAGGCAGGAUCUGAAGGCCAACUUCUGCCUCAGCAUUAUCUAAAUGAUCUUGAUAGUGCUCUGAUACCUGUGAUCCAUGGUGGGACCUCCAACUCUAGUUUACCAUUAGAAAUAGAAUUAGUGUUUUUCAUUAUAGAACGUCUUUUUUAGUGAAAGAUUGAGCCACAUUAUAUAUUGCAGCCUGAUUUGUUAAAACUAACUCCAGCACUAAAGCUGAAAUGCCACAAACACUAGAAGUAUAAAUAUGUCUGAUUUUUGAAACAUGUAAGCUUUGCUCUUUAGGCAGGAAUGAGCUUUUCAAAUCAUUAGCACAAUAUUUAAAUAUCUAAAAGUUUAAAAGAUCCAUGAUUUUUGAAGCUUUACAAUUAAUUUAAGUACUGAAAAGACAAGGAUUUCUUUUAAGAAAUUUGUAGCAUUUACUGUGUUAUUUAAAUGCUAAGCCAAAGUAUCUGCACUUAGGUAUACCUCUUUAUGUCAAUGAUGAUUUUAAUGAAGGCUCUUUUCAGAUGUAACCUUAUGAAGGAAAUGUCUGUUUUGUGUAUAUGCCAGUUAGAAUACUGGUUUCUAAAGUCUGUCAAAAUUGUAUUUCAGUGGCACAAAAACCAGUUUCGAAAUCUUAGACUUGUAAUUCUUUGAAUAAAGCUGAUAACUUAUUUGUAUAAUUGGAGUGGAGACCUACCUCCAUAAUUAGAUAAACUCUUUUUGGAUUAAAAUUUUGCCUUUUUUCUCUCAAAUUAUACAUAUAUAUGUAUUAUAUAUCCAUAUAUAUAUAGUUUUUCCUGAUUAAAUUGAUAUUAAAAUAAUUGUGGGUGCUUCAGGAUUUUUUGCUUCUAUAUUUAAGUAUAUUGUUUUUAUAGCAAGAACAUAUUAUUCUGAAUGUGUUUUAUAAAACUUUAAUAAUUUGUAUAUAGGCAAUAUUUUUGUAUCAUAGUACAUUAUUUUUUUCCUCCUUUUCUUCCAAAGUAUACCAUUGUAUUUACCACUUAUGAGUGUGACUGACGACAGGCCAGAUGACCCUUGAAGUAGUCAUUAUGUAGCAAUAAAUGAAGCCUGAAACAGGUUUUUUUACUUCCACUUUAAUCCUUAGAAAUUUCUUGGCAACUCCGCAUAUUUUCAUUGACACCAAUGUAUAAGUAUAAAUUUAAAUGAAAUAAUUACUUUUGCAUAUUUUAAAUUGUUUAUAUGGUAGUUAUUUUUUAUAACAGGAUAUUAACGUAAGUUAAAUUCUAUGUAUUUGAAAUUGUUACACAGCUUUCCUCUUUACUUCAAACAGCAAAAAAAGGGGAGAAUAUUGUAGUCCUGUCAUUUAAGUUAUAUAAAAAAUUUAAUCAUUAUUUUGAUGCUUUAAACAUUCUUAUGUGUAAUAUAUGUUUUUGUAUCAAAAACACUCUUACAUUUCAAGAAAAAGAAAUUAUGGUAAAUAACCCUGUUUUAAGAAAAAUAUUUAUGAAGCAUCUCGACUUGAAGAUCAAGUCAGAGUUCUAACUCAGGAUCUAAGGUCUCAAGCUAGGAGAGACUGAGAAUGUUAAUCAGUUUGGGCAUAUAGUUUGGACUGAAUCACAUCUAUAAUACUAGCCAAAGACAACUGGGAGGAGGAUAUCAGCCUUCUGAAAGUGGCUACUUCAUGAACAAUGUAAAGUGUUGCAGAUAUUCAAUAAAAUGGCAACCUGUUAUAAUUUGUGAAAUUUAUUGAAAUGGUGUAAGAUGAAAACCCAAUUUAUGUUUUCCUAAUAUAGUAUAUGUAUUGUGCCAUGUAAGUAAUUGCACAGUCUUAAAAUAACCAAAUGGUGCAGGGCUCUUCCAUGAUGGGAUAGCUUUAGAUUUGUUUUCAUAAAAUCUCUACAUUCAAUAAAAUUUGGAAUGAUGUGCCUCAAGUUUGGAGACACAUUUUGAAGUAUUCUUUGCAGAUGUAUAUAUAGUAUGUUUCUGAAUGUGUUUGUUACAUAUUUGGUCAUUGGUACCUAAUUUGAAAUUUUAGUUUUUCAAGAGGGAAAAAAUAGAAUGGUUCUUUGUACUCAAUCUGCAAUGAUCUAUUUUUGGCUUACGUCUUCUAAUACUACUCUCGUUCUCUGAAUUUUGAAAUAUGAAGUAAAAUCUAGCCCAUUUGUUUAUGCAGCUAUUCAA